AUGGUCGCCAAAAACUGGAGCCUAAGGCGUUGUUCUGAUAAGUUCAGAUCAUUGUGUAGUACUGCAUUCACACCGCGGACUUUGCACAGCAUUCCUUUCCUGAGACACCUGAUAACUUUGAAGCUCACUUCAAAGUAUUCGACAGGUCCCUUCAGAGAGACGCUCAUACACAACUUCGGAGAAGAUCAUCUCUUCGGCAAUUAUGGAGAACGAAGUUCGUAUGUAAAUACCAAGGUCGCUGUGACAGCCACAGAUAAAACGGGAUCUAAGGCGAUCAUUAUUGCAAACUACAGCCGAAAAGAGGACGAAAAAAGCUCACUACGACCCGCGGAGUACGAAUUUCUACGACCUGACCGGUUUGAGAUUGGCCUUUCCAUCGCUGAUGCUGCGGCUGCCACAUCAGCCGCGCCGACCUUUUUCAAGCCAUUUGAACACGUUGAUACCCAUCGGACAUAUCUUGACGGUGCAAUAUACCAUAAUAAUCCCGUCCGGCUCAUGAACCAUGAGAGGAAGCUGAUAUGGCCUGAUGUUGCUGAUCGAGCGCCGGAUCUCUUCUUAUCGAUAGGUACAAGUCAAAACAAGGCAGACCCACGAGUCGAGCAGCCUGAUGUGACAAUGACAGACGAAGAUAGGACUCGACGACCUACGUUCCAUAUGAUGCCUCAAAUCGUUACUCAGAUGCGAAACCUCAUGGAUAACAUUCUGGACGCCGAGCAGGCGUGGGAUAAGUUUUGCUCCGACAUGGCCCCAACAAGAGAUGAUGCAUUGCGAUACGUUCGUAUCAAUCCAGACAUCGAGCGUCAGCCGCCGAAACUGGACGAAGUCAAAAAGGUUGGAGAGUUGAUUCGGGAUACUCGGAAGGCACUGAAAACAUCCGCAAACCGUGCUCAGAUUGCAAGGCCCGGUAUCAAUUAA